AUGUCUUAUAUGCCAUUAGACCAUUCGCAUGACCACCAGAACGCUGCCACAGUGCUAUGUUGUAACUGUGGUGUGCCGAUGGAUGGGUCCACCGGCUUAGUGAUGUGUUAUGACUGUAUUAAACUCACCGUGGAUAUCACAGAAGGUAUUCCUCGUGAAGCCAACGUUUCCUUCUGCAGAAACUGUGAAAGAUUCUUACAACCUCCAGGUCAGUGGAUCAGGGCAGAGCUUGAGUCCCGUGAACUGCUAGCGCUGUGUCUUAGAAGGUUGAAAGGUUUGAACAAAGUGAGGCUCAUCGAUGCGUCGUUUAUCUGGACUGAACCACAUUCUCGUCGUAUCAAGGUCAAACUUACUGUUCAAGGUGAAGCUAUGGCUAACACCAUCAUCCAGCAGAGUUUUGAGGUUGAAUAUGUGGUGAUUGCCAUGCAAUGUGCCGACUGUGCCAGAUCCUACACCGUCAACACAUGGAGAGCUGCUGUUCAGAUUAGACAGAAAGUUUCACACAAGAGAACUUUCCUCUAUUUGGAACAACUUAUUCUUAGACACAAUGCUCACGUUGAUACUAUUUCUAUUCAAGAAUCAAAGGAUGGAUUGGAUUUCUUUUAUGCCAAUAGAUCGCAUGCCAUCAAGAUGAUUGAUUUCUUAUCGUCAGUGGCACCAAUCAAGUCAAAGGAUUCUAAGGAACUGGUGUCGCAGGAUACGCACACAGGUUCAAGUACUUAUAAGUUCACCUUCUCUGUGGAGAUUGUCCCAAUCUGUAGGGAUGAUUUGGUGAUUCUUCCAAAGAAGAUUGCGCAAUCGUUGGGAAGUUUAAACCGUGUUGUCAUCUGUUCGAAAGUUUCAAACACAGUUCAAUUCAUGGAUGUUACAACUUUGAAAUCUGGUGAAUUGAACCCAAGUGUCUUUUGGAAGAAGCCGUUCACUUCCCUUUCUGAUAUUUCUCAGCUUAUCGAAUUCAUCGUGUUGGAUGUCGAACCAACGGGACUCGUUAGAGGUAAGUACGUUUUGGCAGACAUCACAGUGGCCCGUGCUUCAGACUUGGGUGUCAACGACAAAGAAUACUACGUCAGAUCCCAUCUGGGUGGUAUCUUACACCCUGGUGAUUCUGCCAUGGGUUACUACACUGUGAAUUCCAACUAUAACUCCGAGCUGUGGGAUGACUUGGACCCAAACACUGUUCCAGACGUUGUCCUCAUCAAGAAGCACUACGUUAGAAAGAGUAAGAAGAGCAGACACUGGAAGUUGAAGAGAAUGGCCAAGGAGCAUGCGGACAUCGUUGCCAAUGAGGAAUCCCGUGCUGCAAGACAAGAACAAGAACGUGCAGAGAGAGACUACGAAAUCUUCUUACAAGAAUUGGAAGAAGAUCAGGAGCUCAGAGGAGCAAUUCAUUUGUACAAGGAUACAAAUGCCGUCACUUACAAGAACGAGGAUGAAAUGGAUGAGGAUGAGGAUGAGGAUGCACCAGCUGUUGAUAUCGAUGAGCUCCUUGACGAAUUGGAUGACAUGACCUUGGAGUAA